AUGUUCCACCAGCUGACGGAUCCAGCGGUGAAUGGCAGCUGCCAGGGCGCCACCUCCGUUUGCAACGAGAGCGCAGACGGAGACGCGCUCCAGCUGCCCACCUUCUCCACCGCGGCCAAAGUCAGAGUCAUCAUCACCUUCACCCUGUGCGCCGUGUCCGCCGUGUGCAACCUGGUGGUGCUGUGGGCGGCCAGCCACGGCGGCAAGCGCAAGUCCCACAUCCGGAUCCUCAUCAUGAACCUGACGGUGGCCGACCUGCUGGUGACCUUCAUCGUGAUGCCCGUGGACGCCGUGUGGAACAUCACGGUGCAGUGGCAGGCGGGGGACGUCGCCUGCAGGCUGCUGAUGUUCCUGAAGCUGGUGGCCAUGUACUCGUGCGCCUUCGUCACCGUGGUGAUCAGCCUUGACAGACAGUCCGCCAUCCUCAACCCUCUGGGCAUCAGCGAGGCCAAGAGGAAGAGCAAAAUCAUGUUGACCGUGGCCUGGACCAUGAGUGUGAUCCUGUCACUCCCCCAGAUGUUUAUAUUUCACAAUGUGACCAUCACAGUCCCAGAGAACUUCACCCAGUGCACCACCCAUGGCAGCUUCGUGCAGCACUGGCAGGAGACCCUCUACAACAUGUUCACCUUCGUGUGCCUCUUCCUCCUGCCUCUGGUCAUCAUGAUCUUCUGUUACACCCGAAUCCUUGUGGAGAUAUCCAGCCGCAUGGCUUGUGGGAACUUGGUGUCCAGGGACGUCCAUCUCCGUCGUUCUCACAACAACAUCCCCAAAGCUCGGAUGAGGACUCUCAAGAUGAGCAUUGUCAUCGUGACGUCAUUCAUCAUCUGCUGGACGCCGUACUACCUGCUGGGCCUGUGGUACUGGCUGUUCCCUGAGAAGAUGGAGGAGACCGUUUCCCACUCGCUGACUCACAUGCUGUUCAUCUUCGGCCUCUUCAACGCCUGUCUUGACCCCAUCACUUACGGCCUGUUCACCAUUCACCUCCGCCAGGGCAUGAAGCGGUGCUGCCGGAGUACGAUCACACAGGCCGAGUUAGAAAACAACACUUGCCUCGUGCACAUGGCACGGCAGUCCUCUCACAGGCGGGUUGCUUCAGGAGGCAACAAUACAAGUGUGGAGGAGGCGAACAACAAGAGCAGAACGGAAGGAGGCUCAAGGCCAAUCAUGCCAGUGAGCAAGAUCGAUUAG